AGUCCAAGGAUAUCACAUGACAAGGGGCCCUUCUCCAUGCAAAGGUGGGUCCGAUGUCAAACAACACAACAUGCGUCACGACUUCUACUACUGUGACUGCAACCAACCAUAGACUCAUUUAUGGAUGGGUCUAUCAACCGGACUGUCGGGGAACUAUUGAUAUCAUAUGGUCGGGCUUGUUCACCAUCUUCAUCUGCACUUACACAAUGUUGUGUCUCAACGUGCCUGCACAAAAUGAGAAGCCGUGGGAUAUCAUUCGUCGGCGCCUGUUCUGGAUGGCAGUAGCGAUAUCUGGUCCCGAGUUUGUCCUUACCUAUGCCAGUGCGCAAUGGGGCAGGGCCAGAGACUCGGUUCGGGCCUUCAAGGCUUCCGGAUACCAUCAAUGGACAAUGCGACAUGGGCUUUUUGCCGACAUGGGUGGUUUCUAUCUCGUGUCGCCGGACAGCCCUCCAUUUCCGAUAACCGCCAAGCACAUACAUUGGCUGGUAGUCCAUGGUUACCUCCCUUUCCCAGAGGUCACCUCAGAAGAAAUAACCGAUCGGUCCAAGCAAGAUACAGUUGCGAAAGUAGUUAGCUGUAUGCAGACCAGCUGGAUGCUUCUUCAGUGUUUGGGUCGCUCAGCUCAGGGUCUCACCAUCACAACACUAGAAUUGUCGGCUCUUGCCAUUGUGGUCUGUUCGAUUAUGACGAGUCUCUGUUGGCUCCAUAAGCCCAGCGAUGUGCGGACGCCGAUUAGGCUGGAGCUUCACUUUAGCCUAGAGGAGAUACGCAGAGAAGCCGGUGAGCUUGCCAUGAGACCGUACAAACAGACACCACUGGACUUCAUUGAUGACCUGCUUCCGAGUUGGUCUUUGAAUGUCCAGCCCUUCAUGAAGAUGCCCGUCGCACCCUUCGAGCGACCGAUCCCACGACUUGGAAACGACCGACUUCCUGACCUCAAGGGCUAUCAGGAAAUAAUCCUCUGCGUGGCAACCUUGCUGUAUGCGUCCAUCCAUCUCAUUGGCUGGAAUUUUGAAUUCCCAACACCGAUCGAGCUCAUCCUGUGGAGGGUAAGCAGCAUGUUCUUGUUCGGAAACACGGUCGCUUUUUGGGUCUUUGAAACGUCGGCUGCCUGGUACCGCAUAGGACGCUGGCAGCGCUUCUUCUGUAUGAUAUUCUGGAAGUCCAAGUUGGCGGACGUGGAGCAAGCACGACUGGCCAGAGAGUCAGUCAAGACUCCUAAAGAACUGCCGCUGAAAGCUGAGUUCUGGAGCAUCUUUCCCCUCGCUUGCACAUAUGCGGCUGCAAGACUUUAUUUGAUUGUCGAGGCCUUUGUCGGGUUGAGAGCCCUCGACGCGAGCGCUUAUCGCACUGUGGAUUGGACGUUUCUUCCCCACCUCUGAAGACAAACCGAGGAUGCUCUUGAUGUACUACUCAUAACCGCCCAUGCCACACUUCACUUCUCCGGUUGGCUCGUCGUUUUCAUUGACGGACCUUUUAUCGAACUCCAAGAUGUCAUAUAACCAUGGUAGCAUGCGACCGACUGAUGUUUCACACCGCGCGACCGCUGGCGGAUAGCGCGGAGUCAUCCAAAUGCUAUACCAUACUUUUCAAACAGCCCUAUCAAUCAGUCCGUGACAUUUCAUUUGCCUUGGAUGUUGAUAUUUGGAUGUAUCCUUCAGAUUAGCGUUUAUUUUAUGUGUGUAGGCAA